CACGCCCCACCACACAAACCGCCUCCCUCGUUUGCACUUCUGAAGCUAGUCUCCUCUGUCAACUCCUCUAGCUGUGGACCCUUCUCGACACUUUCUUGCACCGUAGACCUUAAGCGUCGACCAUAGCCGUGAAUAGCGGAAAGUUGACACCACUCCGUCGGAUACCUGACUCGCCGCAUUCCGCGCUGGGAGCAAACACGGGUUUUCCGAACAAAGAACCUUCUGGAUUCCUUCAUCUACCGCUAUCAAGGAGCAGAGCUCGGUCGCUAGACGACCAAUAUAUACAUGCUAACUAUACUUGGGCACUAAUUUAUUGACUAUUUUGCAGCAACCAGCAGUGUCAGCAGCAGCAAUAGGUAGAGCCGACUGCUACUAUUGUCAGACAUGGGGUACCAGCCUUCGAUCAGCCGCACAGCCUUCACGCGCACACGUGGCUUCAUGCCGGAAGUUCAGCCGCCGACAACACUGAUACUAGCGAUUCUUCUGUUUCCCAUUAUCCUCGCCGCAUCACAGUCAGGAAUUCCAGGCUUCCCCGGCGGCGGCGGCGGCGGUGGCGGCGGCGGCGGCGGCGGCGGCCAGGGGGAUGUGAAUGUAACGAAGUGGCAGCAGAAGCUGGUCGCCGUUCCCUUCAGAGAGGUGCUCGGUAAAUUGGCUGGCACCAAUGUGGUGGGCAGUGCGGGCGACAGCAGGGCGUCCGGAAAAGCCAGUUUUAUUAUAUACAAAGCAGGAGCAGAUCUGAGCAUCCGCUAUCAAAUCACAGUCAGCCAGCUCAGCACGUCGGAAAAGCCCACGUCAGCAUCAAUCCGCGUGGCAACCGCCACAGCCAAUGGCCCGGCCAUCCUCAAUCUGACCUCGUCCACGUGGAUCCCAGCUGGCACCGCUGACAAGGCGUGGGGCAGCGUGGCAAAGCUUAUUGGGCGAGGGAAGGGCAAGGGGAAAGGGAAAGGGAAGGGAAGGGGGAACGGCUUUGCGUUGCAGGGAGUUUUCAAGCAGGCGAGCAAGAAGACGAUCUCGUCAGGAGAAUCGCUGACGCUGCUAUUUGCAACGAUCAUGCAGAUGCCCGCCUCCUUCUACGUCCUGGUCACCACCCCCUCCUUCCCCAAGGGCGCCCUGAGAGGCCAGCUCAAGGCUUCGCUAUUCACGCAGCUAGCAGGCUGCAGCAGGGGGUUCGGCUGUUAGGGGAGCCGUGCGGUGCCGGACAUGGGUAUGGAUUCACCUCUCUUGCCCCAAGGGCAGAUUGCUGUGCGCACUGGGAUCCCCGUGGGCACAUGGUGCUGCAGAGCAUGAUGCUCUGUACUCGCCAACAAUGGGCUGAUAGUCACUAGGGGGGCUGAAACGCCCCAUUUCAUCUGCCCCAUCCCAUGCGCACGGUUGUUACACAUGCACGAUGUAUAUAUAGCCACCCUUGCGUAACACUUUAGCGCUUCAGCUCCAGAAGCACAUACAACUCUUACGUAUCAUGAUUCAGAAGACACGCCGAGGGAGGAAACUACGAAGGCGCGGAGGGUGGGGUGAGAGCUGGUGGUCCGAUCACGUGUCUGCCACUUGCAUCAGGCCUACAGAAAACAAACUGGGAGAUCGCACACUGAUGCACAAGAUCUG